AUGGCUAAGGUUACUACUAAGAAGUCUGCUAAAAAAGAUGUUAAAGAAAUAGUUGAAGAAAAGGCCAACGCUACUUCCUCUUCUGAAUCUUCCUCUGAAUCUUCUUCUGAAUCUUCUUCUUCUGAUGACGAAUCUGAAUCUUCUUCUGAAUCUUCUUCUUCUGAUGACGAAUCUGAAUCUUCUUCUGAAUCUUCUUCUUCUGAUGACGAAUCCGAAUCUUCCUCCUCCUCUUCAGACUCUUCUUCCUCAGAAUCAGAAUCCGAAUCCGAAUCCGAUUCUUCUGAUGAAGAAGAAGAAGAAGAAGAAGAAUCCAAGAAAGAAACUAAAAAAGAAGAAGAGCAAAAAGAUUCUUCUUCUGAAUCUGAAGAUGAUUCUUCCUCUGACUCUUCUGACUCUGAAUCUUCUGAUGAUGAUGAAGAACAACCCAAGAAAGAAGAAGAAAAACAAAACGAAUCAUCCUCUGACUCUUCUUCUGAUGAUGAAUCUGAUUCUUCUUCCUCUUCUUCCUCUGAAUCUGAAUCUGAAUCUGAAUCUGAACAAGAAUCUAAGAAACGUAAAUUAGAAGAAGAUGAAGAAGAAGAAUCUGCCGAAAAAUCUUCCUCAAACUCCAAGAAAAGUAAAUCUAACGAACCAGCCACAAUCUUCGUAGGCAGAUUAUCCUGGUCCAUUGAUGAUGAAUGGUUAAAGAACGAAUUCGAACACAUUGGUGGUGUCCUUGGUGCUCGUGUGAUAAUGGAAAGAGGUAGCAACAGAUCUCGUGGUUACGGUUACGUUGAUUUUGAAAGCGUCGAAUACGCUGAAAAAGCAAUCAAAGAGAUGCAUGGUAAAGAAAUCGAUGGCAGACCAAUCAACUGUGAUAUGUCCACUUCAAAACCAUCUGGGCCAAGUGCAGGUUUCGGUGAACGUGCCAAGAAGUAUGGGGAUGUACCAAGUGAACCAAGUGACACUUUGUUCCUAGGUAAUUUAUCGUUCAACGUCAACAGAGACCAACUAUACGAUUUAUUCGGUAAAUACGGUGAAAUUGUCUCCGUUAGAAUCCCAACCCACCCUGAGACUGAACAACCAAAGGGUUUCGGUUAUGUCCAAUUUACAAACAAAGAUGAUGCUAAGAAGGCCUUGGAUGCUUUACAAGGUGAAUACAUUGAAAACAGACCAGUAAGAUUGGAUUUCUCUACUCCAAGACCACCAAGAGACAACGGUAACAACAGAGGUAAUAACAACAGAGGUAACAGUGGUCCACGUCGUGAAUUCCGUGGAUCUGGUGCAAAUAAUGCUCCAUUAGGAAAACAAAGAAAUACUGCUGCUUUUGCCGGUACAAAGAAAACAUUUGACUAA